AUGCCUCUAGACAGGACCCUGUUCAUCAAGGUCUACUUGAAUCGAUUGGUCAACUCUCUCGUACCGUCAGACUUUGGCGCCGAGUAUAGCAACAGUCUUGUCAACGACCUCAUGCUUCAACUUCUGCAGACUUCUCCAGAUCCGAAUUUGAACAUCUACCAGACACUUGACGAGAUCAAGACGGUGUUAUUGACGCAGAAUAGAAGUAGUGACUGGCUCAGAUUGCGUGAAAUCGUCGAUCUUAUUGCUAAAGAAAAGUCUAUGGACAGAGUAUGUGCAUACUUAGUGUUUCUCUGUGAGUUUGCACAAGAUACCAAGUCUAAGCGGUCAGGAUUUGCAGCUUCAGAAUCUUUAAACCGGGCUUCCGGUCCAUUCAGUCAAUCUGCUGGCACAUUCAACCAAUCUGCAAGUGCGUUCGAUCAGUCCCCUGGCCCAUUUAAUAAAACAAUGAGCUCUCCAUCUCAACUGUUCCUCCCGACCCAAACUUCUCCAGAUGUUACCAGACAUAACCAGCCAAUGUCUAGACUCAUCGAUCCAUACUCUCACUCUCUUCUGGAGGCGCAAAUCAUUGCAAGUCUCGAACACUCGUUGCUCGGCCACGAUACGAAGUUUCUUGCGUACCUGAAGACAGAGGAGGCCAUUGAUAUUCCACCGACUAUUGACAAUUCCGAUGCGCGCAUACUUUGCAAUAUUCUAGAACCCGGCUUGAUCUUUCGCCUGCUCUCCAAGUUUUCUGAUGAGUCUAAAGGUGCUACUGCUUCUCCCAUUAAAGUGUCCUUUUAUCGAUGUGUUGAGUCCGUGCUCAAUAACUACGUUGCAUUUAUCACUCAACUUUUCCAGUCGAAGCCGACCUCUCUCAUUGCCAUAUACAACAGUCUCGCAGACCAGACACAGAUACUCCGACUCGUGCGUUUUUUUCUGAACCAGUGCUCGAGUCUAGAUGGUUAUGAUUUUUUAGUGAAGGUUCACAAGGUUUCCAAGUUCGGCGACCCGCGUGUCCAGAAGCUAGCCUCCGAUAUCUUCAACACCAUUGUUGCUCCAUAUUAUGAGUACAUCGAGCAGUGGAUUAUUCGUGGUGAACUUAUCGAUGAACAUAGCGACUUCUUCGUCUCGUUCAACGCCGAGGAGAACCACAUCAAUGACAUUGUAAAGUAUAAUGCAAGAAAACUUCCUAAUUUCUUGAAAGCAGAACCUGCCAUGUUUGUCAAGGUGCUCCAGAUCGGCAAGACCUUAAUAUUCCUUUCAAAGUUCUGUAAAGAACUCGAUUGGGUCAACAGCUACUCUGUCCGCUAUUCGCAGCACAUUUUUCAGGCCAAUCGUGGCCUUGUAUUAAUGUCUCCGGAUAAAAUUCACAAUCUCAUAAACGCUCAGUACCAUGAGGUAUUGAACUACUUCGUUGUGGUGAUACAAGGGAAAUACCUGCUCUUUCUGCAUCUUCUCAACUUGAAGAGCAUCAUGUUGAUGAGCAAUGGUGAUUUUGUUGAGGUCAUCAAUAGCAAAGGUGCGGAGAUUUUUGGUGAGCCUGCCAUGUACUUGACAUCAGGACGUCUUUCGGAUUUACUAACUCUGUCUAUUGAAGCGUCCACCAUCAGAACGUACCCCUCCAACUAUUUGAAUCGCAUCGAUGCCAGGAUUCUCGACCUCAGCCACGGUUCAAUCGGCUGGGAUGUAUUCACCCUCGAGUACAAGCUUCUGGAGCUUCCGCUCGAAAUUCUAAUGAACUACAACAACGCAUCCACACAAUAUUUGCGUCUCUUCCAUUUUUUGUGGAGCUUGCGCCAUUACCAGUACCUUCUUAACGACAACUUUCUAGAAUUUCAGAGCUUGCAGAAAAACGACAUGAAGGCAUUGGCAGUCAGAUCGUCAGAAAGAAGAGGAACGCGAACGCAACAGGAGAAGACUAAUCUAUGGUUUGUGAAAGCCGUGAGGACCAUCAAUUUGGUUCGUAGUCGGUUACAAGCCGUUAUCAGAGUGCUUUUGAAGUACCUCUCGUUCGACUUGAUUGAGGAGAUGUUCCACGAGAAAGUGGUCAAGUCGUUGUUCCGAGCAAAAUCGCUUUUGGGUGCAAAUUUCACCUCCUCGGACAGGGCUACACCACUCCCAAUUCUCAACAGUAGCCUUGCAGAGAAGUUACAAAACAAGUCAUUUCUUCCUGAGCCCUUGGCUGUGCACAACAUGAACGAAUGCACCAUAGACGAUAUUACCAAUAUUCAUGGCAACUACCUAGAGAGCAUUUCUCGAUGCAAGCUACUUAACGAGGAAGUUAAGGGUCGGGUAUCCGGCGAAAGUUUCAUCGACCAGAUAUUCGAGAUUCUCGAGUUGGUCUUUGCAUUUGUUAAAAGCAGCGGAGAAUUUUGUGCUUCCAUGAUCAACUACAUGAACAUUGUCAAUAUCAAUGGUGCACACCUGGAUGCACAAGAGCAAUUCGAUGGAGAUUUGGCACAAUUGCACCAGCGUCUCCGGGCGCUCGUGAAAAUUAUCUACUCAGAUAUCUACACUGGGAAGUUUGUGCCCAGCAUGGACGUUUUCGUCAAGGAUUUACGCAGUGACUUGCAAUUGAAGGAGUUGAGCAAACUUUUUUAG